AUGUUGCUGUUAUGUUGGAUUAGAUUGGGCUAUAAGUCGAGUAAAGUUGAGGAUAUUUCGGUGAUGGAAGGUGAAUAUAAUGAAAGAGUGGUGGAAAAAGAAGAUUUUGAUGAGAAAAAUGAUAUUUUGGCUGAAUAUCCUGCUGGAUUCAUAGAGUCAUAUUCACUCGAUUGAAAAGUUCUGAUUUUUCAGCUCCGAAAGCUGGAUUUUCGCUGAAAAUCCUCCUGGGAGCUUUGGAAUAUUAAAAAUCAAGAGAAUUUAUCUGGGAAAGCUGAAAAUUAGCUCAAAUUUCAUCCAUAAACUCGAAAGCCUCUAAAUUCAUAAAUUUUAGCUCCAAAACCUGUAAUCUCAACAUUUUUUCACUGCAAAUGCUAAAGUUAAGCUAAAAUUCUAUCUUAAUGCUUCAAAUUUCUUGAAAAUCAUGAAAUCUACCUCUUUAACCUCAGAAAUCCUUUAUUUUCAUUUGAAAAGCUGUAAACUGGCUGAAAUUUCAACUAGACGCUCAAAAAUCCCAAAAUUCAGCUCCAAAACCUGAAAAAUCACUGUUUUUCACUAGAAAAGCUGAAAAAGCUGAAAUUCCAACUUGUAACUCAAUAGUGUUUUACCAAAUUUAUUUUGAAACCCCUAAAUUUUCUAGUCUUUGAUCUGAAAUCCCAAUUUUCUACUGGAAAAAGCGAAACUCCCGUGAAAAAUUAGAAAAUUUCGAAACGUGACCUUUUCGUUUUUUUUUGGAUAGAAAAAAACGUGAAAAAUUUAAAUUUGUUCAUUUCUAAGCUUGAAAAUUUAGCAAAUAGUUGGUUUUUGAAAAAAUGAAUGGAAAAAGUAGGUUUAUGGCUGAAAAUAAGGUUAGAAAUGCGGAUUUUCAGCAAAUUUAGCAGAAGUUUAGGGAUUUUCAAGUUUCCUUGUUAAAAUUGAAAGGUUUUUCGCGCCAGAAGUUUAAUAAAAGUUGAUGCACAUCUCAUAUACUUCUACUCUUGUCCCUUUCCUAUUAUUCCAUUUUUCCAGCAUGUUCAAAUCCGCCCAACAACAAGUCGACGCAGCUCUCCAACAACAACAAUCUGCGAGCAUUUCCGGAAUUGCAAAAUACCGGUGGUUGCUCAUAUUGUCGAAACCGCAAGCCUUCGAAGCUCACGAUGAUUAUUGGCAGAUUUUUGAAAUGAAAUCAGAAUAUUCCGCUGCCGGAAGAUCACAUCAAUUUUGUGCAGAAUGUUUUGCAAUGGAAAUCGAGGGAUUAUUGGAGAGAUCCAGAUGA